GAAGGAAGCGACGCACUGUGGGCCAUGUAUAAAAAUUUUCAGCCAAAAAUACAAUUCGGCCUGAAAUAAGUUAAUUAGCCGUCCAAAAUUCAAUUUCGAUUAAAAAAAUACUUAAUAAUAUCUGAGAGCGGUACCGUUACGAUCCCUGGCCCACCGUGCGACGUGGAAAAGAUAUGCUUCCUGACGAAAGAGCGCGUGGGGUGUGCGGAAUGAAAACCAUUUCUUACAGGUACCAAAUUAGAUUUGUUUAAGGACCUCAAAUCUACAAACUCAACAGAUGCCGAAUCCUCCCUCAUGGAUGUGAAGCCAGAGAAGAAAUACGAAUGCUCAAAGUGCUCAAAAGCGUUUAAAGCCAAUUACGAGUUGACUCAACACAUGGUCACGCACGACCCCGGUGCCGAGGUCAAAUGUGAAGUUUGCGGUAAAAUUUACAGAAACAAAUUCGCCUUAUCUACCCACAAGUCAAAACUUCAUAACACAAUGGUGGGUCGCCGUCGUUUCCCAUGCACGCUGUACGGAAAAGAAUUCCAAACGAAGGCUGAACUUGACCAACACAUUCUCACCCAUCCGACGGAGAAGCCGCAUAAGUGUUCCACUUGUGGGAGAAGUUUCACCCACAAUUCAGGCAUGAGACUUCACGAGAUGACGCAUUUAGAAAAAUCUGUCCGAGACGUGUUCCAGUGUGACGUUUGUCCUCAGACUUUCUUUGGGAGGAGUGAGCAACAACGCCACAUCCGACGUGUGCAUGAAAAUCAGAGGAAUUGUCCAUGCACAGUUUGUGACAAGAGAUUCUCCAACUCGUAUCAUUUGAAGCGUCACGUGGAGGCGGUGCAUGAGACGGAUAAAGAGAGGAUCCACGCCUGCGACAAAUGCUGGUACAGAAGUCACUCGAAACACAAUUUGGCCAAUCACAGCAUUAGGCACAAUCCAGCGAGAGUGUAUCCCGAACUAAUUAAUGGUAACAAUGAUAUCACUGUAAUCCUCAGAAAAACAAAUCUGUAUAGUUUGUUAAAUCUCGAGGCGAGACAAACGGAUUAAGCGGCCAAGUUGUAAAAUUAAAAUGCUUAUAAA